AUGUCGGAUAGUAAAAGUUUACUACCUACGGUAAUCUAUUUUGGUUUUCCAGCAAAACUUGUCGAAUGGCUAAAUAUGAUUAGUAAACGUAAUAUGUCAUCUGAUCCACUUGACUCACUUAUUGUUGCAAUGAGUAAUGUUAGUCAAUGUGAAGAAGGUGUCAUUGCAUUGAACAAUGCUUGUGCCAUCAAUGCUUUAGAAAUAUCUGAAAAUGCUUUAGCUAAUAGAUUGGGAAAAAAUCACUUUACUUCAUCAUUUUAUCCGCGAAUCUAUGCAAUGAUAUCAACGACAGAUCAACUCAAGACUCUAACGUUUGUUAAGCCGGCAAUUGAUUAUUUACUCACAAAAAUUCGUGAAGCAAAUGCUUCAACUAAUUUACGUUCAAGCACGGGUCAUCUUUACGAGUACUUAGUACCACUCGCCAAACUUCUUGUUAAUGAUAAUGUGGCAACAUAUCUAUUAAAUAAUAAUGAAAUAGGUGGUCUUGCAUUCUUUAUUGAACUCUUAUACAAACAUGAUGUACUUUCCGUUAACGACUUAUUCGUGAAACAUCUUAUUCGACUAGCAUUAUACAACAUUUUAUGUAGUUUUGCAUUUCAUCAAUCUGUUCAACAAGAACUCAAAGAAAAUCAAAGAUUCAUAAAAACUAUUUCGGAAGCUUCAAAUUCAUCAACUUCAAACAGUGAAACAUGCAUUCCUUCAUCUUUGAGAAAUAACUUGAUGAGUAUCAAAGCUGCUGCUGAUGGAAUAUUGGUCUACCUUGAUAAAUUCAAAAUAUCUAUCUCAAAUGAUAAUACAGUUGUCAACACACCUGUCAAGAAAAUUCCAAUGAUGUCUUAUUCACAUAAAGAUGCAAGUUUCUGUAGAUCAGUUGUCGCUGCUCUCAAAGAACAUUCCAUUUCAGUUUGGAUCGAUGAGGAUGGACAUUGUUUAUCGAACGACUGUUGGGAAGAAAUAGCAAUAGCCAUAAAGAAUGCAAGCACGGUAUUGAUUGUUGUCUCCGAAAACUACUGUACUAAAAGCGACUCAUGUCGUGUUGAAGCUACUUAUGCUAUAAAACUAAAAAUUCCAAUCAUUGCUCUAUAUAUUGAUGAAGAUUAUCAGGCAGAACCUUGGCUUGAUAUUCAUCUCACAGGAGUGCAUGUUAAGUUCGGCAGAAAACCAUUUGCUGAAAGAAUUACUCGUCUCGCUACAUACAUAGCCGCACGUAACCACCCACUAGCGGUUACGGAACCAUUGCAGACACAGAUGGGUCACUCUUCACAUGAAGUCUUUAUACCAUCUAUGGUAAAGAAAGAUAAUAACUCAUUACGAGCAAAGAUUCCUGAAUCUAAUAUUGAAUAUUGUGUACCGAAAACAUCACCUCGCACAUGGUCGAAAGGUGAAGUGAGAGGUUGGUGGUGCACUGAAAGGACUCUUGUACCUCAGUUAUGCACGUUUUGUGAUGGAGAAGCACUUUGCAUAUACGCUCGAAUAUUCUUAAGCCUCUAUGAACAAAAUCCGUUAAAACAUUUGCAGAAUCUACAGGAACAAUCAAAACGCGAAUAUGGCAUCGAUUUUUAUGAUAAUGAUUACGCAAAUAUGGCGAGCUCUAUGAUGUGGAUUGUGCAACAAAAUGAAAAUGACGGACAUGUAUCGAAUAAGCAUUCAAAAUCAGUUUUAUGUGUACUCACAUAA